AGAGGAGAUAGUGAGUGAGAGGGACACAGAGGGUAGCAGCCAGCCACAUGUAGCCUCUCCGAGUGGAGGAAAGGUCCAAGCUGUGCGCGCGCCUGAUUCCUUCUCUUGGGUUUGAUUUGUUCUUUUUCUUUUCUGGAGGGACAACAUGUUUCCGUUUCAUCCCGGGGACAUUAUCCCGCAACAUUAGUAUUGAUCCGGCUGCAUGCCGCAGGAAAUGUCCAGCGGAGGGAUGGACAGAUGGAUUUUGGUGCACGGGGAGAAGAACUGGAGAGCAAAAAGAGAAGAGGAAGAAGAGUGUGGGGCUGCUGAGAACGGGUCUCCUUUUCACACUGGGUGAAGCAUUGUAGGCUGCCAGGCUCCCACCGCCAUCUCCUUCAUCCUUCAAACAGAAUCCUCCACCCUGCCUGGCCUCACCUGGCAAAACCCCAUCAGACAACCACCACUGGCCCUCCCUUUACCCCAUGGUGGCCCCAAGGCCUACCCUCUCACUGCUACUGGCAAUCCUGGCCUGCACGGGGCCCGCACGCCCCUCGCCCCCCCUGCUCCUCCGGCCCCGGGAGAGAGAGAGGGACUCGGGUGGCAUCAACAUAGCCGUAGUCCACUCUGGCUCCUCCCUGCUCCCGGAGACGGCGGCGGUGGGAGGUGCGGGGGUUGGCGAGCCGGGUCUUGGGUCCGGUCUGGGAACUGGUCCGGGUGGAGGAGGAAGGGGGGUGACGGAUACAGCCUCGUUGGCAGGAGUCGCUGCCAUGGCCUCUUUGUCCUCUUCAACAUACCUGUCACUGGCGGCACUUUCCACUGAGACGGUGAUGACACCAUCAGGCCAAGCCAACGUCAUUUACCUGGCAGUGAAUGAGAGCAGUCCAGGAACCCUGCUGUUGCAGCUGUGUGAGCUGCUGGCCACUACACCCCUACAGGGUUUGGUGUUUGAAGAGGAGAGACCACCGCCACCAAACCGCGCCCCUCUGGCCCCAAUGCUUGAGUUUGUCUCUGCUCAGACUGGGGUUCCUGUUGUUGCCGUCGGGGGAGGAGCCAGUCUGGGACGGGAGCCACAGGAGAGCGGCUCAAUCUACCUUCAGUUCACUUGCUCCACAAUGCUCCAACUCGAGGUCAUCUUUGAAGUCCUGGAGGAAUAUGACUGGACGGCGUUCUCUGUUGUUACAACCCGUCACCAUGGCUACGAGGACUUCCUGGCCAUGGUGGAGGGUAUGACGGAUGGCUCGUUCAUUGGCUGGGAAAGGAAGAGCGUGGUGGUUCUUAAUGUGACAGACGACCCCGGUGGGGCAAGAACCAAGCGAGUGCUCAAAGACAACGAAGCCCAGGUCCGUCUGCUGUACUCCUCUCUGGAAGAGGCUGAGAUGAUUUUUCGGGCAGCCUGGGCAGCAGGACAGGCCGGCCCAAGUCACAUGUGGUUUGUCGUGGGACCUGCCCUGUCUGGAUUGGGCUUGGAAGGACUGCCAAAAGCCUUGUUUGCCAUCAGGCCUCAGGGCUGGAGGGACGAGCCACGCAGACGUAUUGCCAAGGGAGUGUCUGUGCUCACUCAUGGGGCGAUGGCUCUGCGGAGGGACCAAGGGUCAAACAGUCGAACCCAAUAUGCAGGGAACUGCCAAAGUGAUGGAAACCAGACCCAUCGAGUGCCGGACAGAAUCAGGUAUUUCACCAACAUUUCCCUCAGUGGACGAGAUUAUUCCUUCAACAGCGAUGGGUACCUGUCCAAUCCCCUGAUUGAUGUCAUUUCCUACACCAACGGCAGAGGCUGGGAGGAGGUUGGCUGGUGGGAAAAUGGACACCUGCGCCUACGUUACCAUCCCUGGUCUCGUUACGGCUCCUUUCUGAAGCCUCUGGAUGAUGCUCAACACCUCAGAGUGGUCACCCUGGAGGAGAGGCCCUUCGUUAUUGUGGAGCCUGCUGACCCUGGAACAAGCUCAUGCAUUCGGGACUCUGUUCCCUGUCGCUUGCCUAUUAAUUCCAGUUUGGUCCUGGAUGGUGCUGCACCCAUGAAGCAUUGCUGCAAAGGGUUCUGCAUUGAUGUUCUGAAGCGCUUGGCCAAAAUUGUGGGCUUCACCUACGAUCUUUACCUGGUGACAAAUGGCAGACAUGGGAAAAACAUUGAUGGGGAGUGGAAUGGCAUGGUUGGAGAGGUCGUCUCCAACAGGGCUGACAUGGCCAUCGGUUCCCUCACCAUCAACGAAGAGAGGUCAGAGGUUGUAGAGUUCUCCGUUCCCUUCGUUGAGACCGGCAUCAGUGUCAUGGUGUCCCGCAGCAAUGGCACAGUGUCUCCAUCUGCUUUUCUUGAGCCCUAUAGCCCAGCAGUGUGGGUGAUGAUGUUUGUGAUGUGCCUGUCAGUGGUGGCUGUCACCGUCUUCAUCUUUGAGUUCUUCAGCCCCGUGGGAUAUAACCGCAGCCUGCAGAGCGCCAAGAAAUCGGGUGGAUCUAAGUUUACCAUUGGGAAAUCCGUGUGGCUGCUCUGGGCUCUGGUUUUUAACAACUCUGUUCCCGUUGAAAAUCCCAGAGGAACCACCAGCAAGAUAAUGGUUCUUGUUUGGGCCUUCUUUGCUGUCAUCUUCUUGGCCUCCUACACUGCAAACUUGGCUGCCUUCAUGAUCCAGGAGGAGUAUAUUGACACAGUGUCAGGACUGUCUGAUAAGAAGUUUCAGCACCCGACAGAGCAGUACCCACCACUGCGCUUUGGUACGGUGCCGAACGGGAGCACUGAGGAGAACAUCCGCUCCAACUAUCCCAGCAUGCACCAGUAUAUGAUUCGCAAUAACCAGAAAGGCGUGGAGGAGGCCAUUGAGAACCUUAAGACAGGAAAACUAGAUGCCUUUAUUUAUGAUGCUGCUGUGCUGAACUAUAUGGCCAGGAAGGAUGAGGGCUGCAAGGUAAUGACUAUUGGCUCUGGAAAAGUGUUUGCCACCACAGGCUAUGGCAUUGCACUGCACAAGAAUUCUCGCUGGAAGCGACCAUUGGACCUGGCUCUGCUGCAACUUGUUGGAGAUGAUGAGAUUGAUAUGUUGGAGCGCCUCUGGCUGUCUGGAAUUUGCCACAAUGAUAAGAUUGAGGUGAUGAGUAGUAAGCUGGAUAUUGACAACAUGGCGGGGGUCUUUUACAUGCUGCUGGUAGCCAUGGGCCUCAGUCUCCUAGUAUUUGCCUGGGAGCAUCUGGUGUACUGGAAACUAAGGCAUUGUGUGAAGAGGUCUGGGGGAAUGGACUUUCUCUUGGCUCUCAGCAGAGGAAUGUACAGCUGCUGCCAGUUUGAGGAUGAGACAGCUCCAGGAGGAAGUAAAAGCUCUUUGCCCCAAUACCAUUCUGUAACUACUAUGCCUAGUGUCCCUCAACAACACCUUGUUACAGCCACAGUAAACAACACAACAGCCAUUGCAAUGGUGCAACAGCAGCAGAAGCACCACCAACAGCAACAAGGGCAGACCUACACGACUAUGUUACCUGGAUCGCCAAUCACUACAGGACAUUCAGCAAUGGCUCUGGGUCCCUCAAACAGCCCUUUAUUGGAAGGCCCUAUGCCUUGCUCCACCUUCCUGCCUCGUCAUGACCGCAGAUUGGCCGUUGUUGAUCGCUGGAACAGGCCAAAGCCAGAAAAAGUCAUGAGUGGAGGCAGCAGUGGAGGAGUGGGUGUUGGAGGAAUUGCAGGGGGUAUAACUGAACUCCAAGCACAGCAGCAAUAUCAGCAGAACCUUGGAACACACUGGAGCCAUCAGGGAGUGAUCCCUGUUGGAGCAGGAGGCGACACAGGGCUAGAUGAAUAUAAGCGCUACUAUGGCCCAAUAGAUCCAGAGGGGCUAGGGGCUAACUUAGACCAACAGGCAGGUCCUCAACAGUCUACCAAAGCCAAUUCUCGAGGCUUUAAAGCCCCAGGAAUGCCAAGGUUGCCUCCAAAAGGCCCUCAACAAGGACAAGGGCACCUCAUUUCUAAGCCACCCCCACCACUUCCAUCUUCUCCACGGAGGCCACCCUUCUGGCGCAGAGGAAGCCUUGCUCAGGCAAGGAGAAAAGGCUCAGGAGGUCCACUUUAUGAGAAUAUACUCCCUCUUGGGAGACGAGGAGGUGGAAGAUAUGGGGCAAGUGAUGGAGUUGGAAGGAGGGGUCACAGACCCCCUCCACCACUUCCAGUACCCCUCUCCUCCCCUACACAUACACCUACUACACCUUCUUCUCCAUGCCGUUUCUACUCAACUUGCUCCAGUGCCUCAUCUUCUUCGUCUUCAUCUUCAUCAUCGUCAUCAUCUUCGUCAUCAACUGGGUCACUUUCUCGAUCAAAUUCCCCUUCAUCCUGCUCUAGUGAAAGCUCCUACAACUCCUCACUGAGUUUCCGAUAUCGAGCAGGGGAUCGAGAUUUCACGGUGGAUGAUGAUUAUGACUCAGAUCUUCUUACAGAGGAGUCUAGCCUUCUUUUAGGGUCACGGAAAAAGAUGCGUUCCCGGAGAAUGUCAUCUCGCUCACUGCCAUGCAGCCCACCACCUCCUCCAGUCCCUCCGCGAAAACCCCAUCCACAAAGAAAUUUUGGAAGAGAGAGAACUGGCAGUCAGUUGGCACAGUUGCAGGAGUGGUGGGCAUCAUGGGGUGACAGAGACCGGGCAAGGGGAGGGACAUUGAACAAAGGAGAAGGAGCAGUAAGUAAAGAUGAGAAGAGACACCACAAGGAGAGAGAAAGGGAGAGAAAACAAAGAAAGAAAGGAAGAAAAAAGAAGAAACUGGAGGAAAGGGAAAGAGAAAGGGAGCGUAAGCGUCGUAAAGCAAAGAGGAAGAGGAAGAAAGAGGAUAAGUUAAGAAAGAGAGAGCGUAAGAGGACAGAGCAAGAGGGUGGGGACCCAGAAAAACGAGAGGAAGUGAAAUCAGCAACGCCAGAUUUCCCUAAUUACCCAGCUUUGAGGCAAGAGUCAUUUCGGAAAAAGAGUGAGAGCUCCAUCAGAAGCUAUGGAUGGAACAUCCCAGGGGAAGAGGAAAGGAAGAACAGAGAGGGAAAAGAAAGAGAUGAUGGAGAAGAGGAUAGAGGUAAAGAAAGACAUCACAGAAGAAGAAAUAGCAAGCACCACCCUAACUCUGGUAGGGCUUCUACAUCUGUCAAGUUCUGGCGAGGAGGAAAUCCUUCUGAUACUCUCCCAUCUGCAUUUCUGCCCUUGUUACCUGCCUCUGCUAAAAGAAAGAAAAGCAAAGGCUCAGACAGAGAUGCUGUAGGCAUUGAAGGAGAAAGGAGACCACUCCUUGGUAGAAAUGAAAGAGGCGAGAUGCAUUCCAAGGAGGGAUUGUCUUUUCAUGAGUGGGAAUCUGAAGUAGAUGAUGAAGAAGAUUCUGAGUCAGAUAGGAGGAAAAUAGGCCGUGGAAAAAGGCAUAGAGGAGGUAGGACUGUUUCUGAAGAGGAGCGGGAACGUGAUAAGGUAGUCGGGAUAUAUUCUGAUGAUGACGGUUCUUCAGGAGAAUUUGGGAAGUUUGAGAGGUACUGGGAGGAUCAUGAAGGAAGGGCAGUGGGAGGGAUAGGGGGAGGGGGGUGGUUUUUUAGCACAUAUCCUUCUAGAGAUAAAGCAGGUAGUGUCAACAGCAGAGAUGAUCUCUUCCAAGAGCGAGGAGAAAGAUGGGGGACUGCAGAGACUGGGUGGGGCUCUGGUGCAGGUGUUAAAGAAGAGAGAAGUUGGGGAUCAGGUUCCCAUUGGCCACCUCCUCCUCUCACCGCACCCCCUCCCCGUCGAUACUGGUCAGUUGACAAGCUUCACAUACAGGAUGAAAAGAAGAGUAAGCGCAAGACCAAGGACAAAGGAAGGGGGAACACGGCUUGCUCCUCCUGUCAUUCACCUCGACAUCAUCCACACUCCUCAAAAUGGGCUCGUUUGACUUCACGAAGCCAGGAAGAGCUGUACCAUCAUUGUCAGAGUUUUGGUGGUCCCUUGAAGCCAAAACAUGACUCCUCAUCAUCAUCCAAACCAGAUCGGUCACACAAUCUUUCUAAAUCUGGAAGCCAGUCAAACAUAAGCAUCCAGCAACGGACACAAAGAACAGACAAGGAUCGAGAUCGAGGAAGACAACCAUCCCCACCUCUUUCUCUUGUAUCGAACUUGCCAGCACCACUCCCAGCCCUUCCGGCUCCUUCGUCCUCCUCUCACUCCAUCCAUGCUCCUCUCCCUACCUCUUCCUCAUCUGUAUCCUCUCCCUCAGUGGUCUCAUCUGCACCAGGGGCUAUUCAGGCCUCCUCGAUGGCUUCUGCAAGUGCCAAACUGCAGUACCAGAGACUGCGCUCCGUACCCCAGCCCCAGAGGUUUCCUCAAUCUCCUCAUUUACCCCUAAAAGCCAAGAGCCUUUGCUCACGAAGGGGCUCAGCUCAGUUCUCCAGUGUGGAGAGUGAAGUUUGAUUUAAGCCAGAUAACAAAAGUUCUAAGAAUGUCCUGCUAGGUCGAUGUAAAGGACAGACAAUGCAAACAUGGUGGCAUAGCUAAGUCAGUACACUUCUGAGCCUGUUCCUUAAUGUUCUGCACAAAUGAACAAACAAACCAGAAAGCUUAACAGACUUGGUGAAGUAGGUCACAAGAACACAGGACCAUUUUAUUUUUACCGUUGCCUCGAUAAAAUUUUCUCAUUCUGUGACAGAAAGCAGCAAUGACUCGCUGAACAGUGCAAAAUGGUGAGAUCAAUUCUGAUAUGAAAAGAAGUGCUAAUAAAGAAGGCAUAUUUGCUGUUAUAAGUAAAGCAUAUUGAAAGGUGAAACAGGAAAAUAGUCAGUGCUUUCAGCGAAAUCUCAAUACUUUCUGAGGGCUCAGGAACUUUAUAGUACUGCACCCACUGCUCUCAGAAGCCUUUAACACAAAACACUGUUCUUAUGUUUUCCUAUUAAACAAAAUGCUUACCUUGAUUUUUCUUUAUCCCAAGCAAACUGUUUACACUCCCGCAGAACUGUGAAAGCAACCUGAAGCAUCUUUGUUGCUUGAUUAAUGCCUUCUUGUUCAGAGGGACGGGGGGGUGAUACCACACCUUUUAUUUUUGUUUGCUUCCCUUUCCUCCACUUUCUUACUCUGCUGCUUUUUAGAUUUGUUUUAGUUUUUCUUCUGCCAACUUUCUGUGACCUUUACAUACCAGUCUUGUUUCCACUCUCUCCCCAGCUCCUCCCUUGUCCUCCCCUCUUACUGCUUCUCUUUGAUGUAAUUAUUCUGUGUGUCUGUGCUUUUCUGUGUUUGUAUUCUUGACAACAGGGUAAGUCAGCUGUGACUGAUAUUCUUCUGGCUUAAUGAAAAGCUGAGUGCCAAACUUAAGUAGAGCUCAACAUCAACAUGUAUACUGUUGGCCGCUGUGUUUCAUUUUAUCUUGCAGAUUAUUACAUCACCUCCAAUAUGUGCUCAUGCUAACACACACAUACAUGCAAAAGCAAAUACUCAAAUACUUGUAAGAAUACAUGCACAUCAACAAGUCAAAUUAUCUAAUCUUCUUGAGCAAUACAUUUUACCAUCUUUGUUCUUGUUAAAGCUUUAUACUUAAAUAUCAUUUCUUUACUUAUGUGUCAUGGUUGUUGUUGCUAUUGAUGGUGUUUUAGAUGUCAAGACAUGUAUUAAGUCUAAUACAAUGUAAUCACUGUGCCAUACUACUCAAACCUGGGUACACCUAAAAUGUUUUCACAACUACCUAACCACAAAACUGGGGGCAGUUUUUCUUCCUGCCUGUUUUAUUGCCUGAAUGUAAAGUCAGCCACUGACAUGUGUGCUGCACCAUUUACUGUAAGACACUUGAAAGUGGAACUUGUAGCACUUCAGAAGGUCUACAUGGAUGAUAAAAAAUAUCUAUAUAUAUAUAUAAAGUUGAUUUGGGUUAUUGAUGACAAAGCCUGGUGAAUAACAAUAUGUGAUCUUGUAGGAUGGAGUUCUAAAGAUUUACUUCUACCCUUGAUCAAAACUAAAUUUUUGUUUGGUUGCUUUCAUUUCUAGUCUUCAAGUUAGUGCCAAGGCUAGAGAACAAAAAAACAACAACAUAUUCAAUCAUUUUUGCUUGCUUUCACCAGGCCAUGUGUAUUUAAGCAGUUUAGUUUUUGUUUAAAGAUUGCUGGUAUUAUUAGCCUCAUGGUAAUUACUUCUGUCAAGUAUGAGAACAAAGGUAUGUUAAUGUGUGAUCAGAAAGUUAUUUAUUUUUACUUAGGUAUACAAUUAGUGCCAGAGCCGUUCUGAUGUCACAGGGAAGAUGGUUAUGAUGUGAUAAAAGUUGGACUCUGAGUAUGAGUACAUGGAAGGAACAGAGGCACCUGUUGUGAUAUUUUGUUAAAAAAAUAUUAAAAAGCAUUUUCCAUCUUGUAAUUGUUUGAUUAUAAGAUCUAGCUUUUUAAAUGAUGGCAUGGCUUAUACCAGCAAUUACUUUCGGAUCUUAAGCACUCACUUAAUUUUACAUGUCUCAUGUCAAUUGUACUUCAAAUUAGGUCCUUUUUUAUAAACAGGUAAAUGCUGAUAGAGGUUUUAUUGAUUGUUGAAAUUUCCUGAGCCAUUUUUCCCUAACACUUUGGUCAGCUCAUGUUGAUUGCCUGGAACUGCAUCUGAGCCAUACAUUUAAUUUUACUAAAUAAAACAAAGAAACUAGCUUUUUAAAAUGGAUUUUAUCA